AUGGGAGGAGGAGCAGCAGCAGUAUUGCCUAUUUUCAUCCUUCUCUUCGUCUCUUCAACAUCUCUCCUAUCGGAAGGAAAACUCACCGAAAACUAUUACCAGACUACAUGCCCGCAAUUGGAGAAGACCGUUCAGGAAAUCGUCACCAACAAGCAGAUCACAAGCCCAACCACCGCAGCCGCCAUUCUCCGCCUCUUAUUCCACGACUGUAUGGUCGAGGGUUGUGACGCCUCUAUCCUCAUUAGCUCCAACCCCUCCAACAAGGCCGAGCGCGACAACGACCACAACCUUUCCCUCGCCGGCGACGGCUUUGACGUCGUCGUUCGAGCUAAGACCGCCCUUGAGCUUGCCUGCCCUGGCAUCGUCUCCUGCUCUGACAUCCUUGUCCUCGCCACACGCAACCUCGUCAACAUGGUGGGAGGCCCUUACUACAAGGUCCGCCUAGGCCGUAAAGAUGGUCUCAUCUCUAAGGCCUCAAAUGUCGAUAUCUUAAAUUCCACCGCUACCGUCGACGAACAGAUCAAAUACUUCGCCGCCAGGGGAUUCACAGUACAGGAAAUGGUUGCCCUCGUCGGUGCCCACACCAUUGGCUUCGCCCAUUGCAAGGAAUUUGCCCCACGCAUCUUCAACUACAGCAAUACCUCCCCGAUCGACCCUACAUUGAAUAACGGCUUUGCCACGGGCCUGCAAAAAGCCUGCGCCAACUAUGAGCAGAACCCUAACAUGGCCAUCUUCCUCGACGUCGUUUCACCAGGAAAAUUCGACAACAUUUUCUACCAGAACAUGCCCAAGGGAAUGACGCUGCUCAAAUCAGAUAAUUUAUUGAUUCAAGACCCAAGAACGAAGCCCUUCGUGUUGAAGUACGCCGCCGAUCAAACCGCCUUCUUCAAUGAUUUCUCGCAUGCCAUGGAGAAACUCAGUGUGCUUAAUGUCAAAACGGGUCGCAAUGGAGAGGUUCGCCGCAGAUGCGAUUCCUUCAAUAAGGUUUAGAAGCUUUUAAAGAUUG